UUCGGGUAUAUGUGCUCUGUUUAUUGAUGUUUACCAGCGCUGCAGAUAUCACUCCCUCCCUACUUCAAUGGACUACCAUGAUUCUCUUUCCUCAUUUUUAAUUUUACCUUUGUACUGCAAAAGAACCUGGAUCCAUCCGCUAUCAUGUCAUCAAUCACCAGAACCCGUGUAGCCCUCGUCGGCGCUGGAGCUGUCAACUUUGGUGGAGCUGAAGGUCCGUGGGAUCAUGCUUCGCGUCUCGAGAAGCUUGGCGCCAUUAUUGUGGCUGUUGUCGACCCUCUGACGGCGAAGGCCCAAGAAAAAGUCGACGAACGUCGUGCCAACAACGAGUAUGCCCACGUGUGGGACCAAACGAAGGUGUAUGCGGACCUCCAAGAAAUGUUGGACAGUGUCAAGCCCACGGCCGUUUUCAUCGGUGUGCCGCCCACGUACCACGGCUGCUACAAGUACCCGCUGGAGCUGCAGGUCCUACGCUCCGGUGCACACUUAUUUUUGGAGAAACCGCUGUCAAAUGCACCUGUGGACGAGAAACUGGUCGUUUCGGUGGGCUACAUGUUCCGCUACUCGCUUUUCGGUGACAAGAUCAAGGAGUUGCUCAAGGGCAAGAAGCCUGUAUGCCUAAUGGCGCGUUACAAUUGUACGUAUGCUAACAUCCCGAGUCCAUUCUGGUGGAACUCCGAGCACUGCGGUGGACCCAUUGUUGAGCAGGCGACGCAUUUCGCCGACAUCGCGCGGUACCUCGUGGGUGAAGUGGACAUGGACACAGUGUAUAGUCGCAGUGUGAAAGCCAGUCUUACUCCGGGCGACAUCGGCUACUUGGAGAAGGUGCCUGUGGAUGAGACUAUCGUGCCACCUGUGAACCGCGUGCCGCGUGCACACGUGGCUAACUGGUUCUUCAAGAGCGGGGCACUGGGCAACCUGGUGCAUGGCGCGCUACUACAAGGGGAGGCGUACGAUGCGUCCGUUGAGAUCAUGGCGGACGGCCUGCGCAUUAGUGUGGUCAAGCCGUACUCGGAGACCCCAAUGCUAAAAGUUCUACAAGGCGACAGUGACGAAGAGGUGUCGUUCGAGUUCUCUGGCGAUGAAAUGUACCUGACGGAAGACCGUGAGUUCCUGAAGGCGGUCCACGGAAUUGGUGACAUCCGCUGUCAGAAUUUGGACGCUGUGAACACGUAUGCGUUGACGUGCAAAAUCCGUGACGUGGCGCUUGCCAACUGA